AUGUUCGAAACAUCUAGAGCACAAUUCUUCUACCUAAGCCUCUGGGAUGACGCAUCCUUCAACGGCAUGUUCGCGCCCCUCGACACAGUAACCCGAACUCUCCUGUUCCCAGACAAUCGCCACGUGCGCUCCACGUACACGUUUCUGGCCCCCCUAGACGCCCAACUCACCCUCCUCUCUGCAUUUUACGAUGUCCUCACAAACUCUUUUACAUCCGGACCGCGUCUGCUAUUCUUCGUUAUAAUGUACGCCAUCACAUGUACCAAUCUCUGGGCCCUCGUCGAAUCCCGCCGCCGGGGCGUCCGCUCCUGGUUCUUGAGGUACCCGGCCUGGGCGAUGGUGCUCUGCAACGCCAACCGCGCUGCGAUCGCGAUGCCGCUCUAUCUAUAA